GCUCGCUGCUUGUUCUUUGCUUGCUGGCUUUUCGAGGAGCAUAAUGGGCUGUCAGGAAGUCCACGCAGUGACCUUAUUCGCCUUUGUAUGCGGGACGGCCUCCAUCUCGGGGCUCUUUGCUGCGACUCUGCUGCCUCAAUGGAGGCAAAUGAAACUCUACACUUACAACCGGAAUGAGAAAAACCUGACUGUCAGCAUUGGGCUGUGGGUGAAAUGCACACGCUUGGAGUGGAGCAGGGAUUGCAUGAUGUAUGAUAUGGAUUGGUACGCAAGCGUGGACCAGCUGGACAUACGUGUUCUGCAAUUCGCUCUGCCCUUCAGCAUCCUGACCGCUGCCUCCGCACUCAUACUGUGCCUGACUGGAAUCUGUAACACCACCUUUAGCUCAAGUGUGCCAAACCUAAAGCUGGUCAAAUGUCUCAUUAACAGUUCUGGGUGCCAUCUUGUGGCAGGGCUGUUAUAUAUACUAGCAGGGAUCAUGAGCAUUAUGCCCUCCAUCUGGUCUGUGUUUUACAAUGGAGUUCUAAAUGUCAAGUAUGGGCCCUACUUUACUUACGACAUUGCUGUUUUUGUGGCUAUUGGCAGUUCCGGGGGCAUGUUCUUUACUGCUCUGCUAUUGUUUCUGUGGUAUUGUGCCUGCAAAUCUCUGCCCUCUCCAUUCUGGCAGCCCUUGUAUUCCCACGUCCCUAGUAUGCACAGCUACGUGCCCCCGUCCUACCAGUCCCGCUCCCGCAUGUCCGCCAUCGAGAUAGACAUUCCUGUUGUUACACACACUGCCUAACAUAUGCAUGCCUGUGCUUAGGAACUUUCAUGGUACAUCUCGUCUUAUGUAUGUAUAUAUAUUUUGUCAAUUGUAAUGUACAUUCCUUCAUUUUGCCUCCACUUCUAUUUUUUUUUUUUUCUCAUGUGCAACCUGCUACGGUGUGGUACAGUACACCAGUAGUGCUACGAUUGGUUGGUCCAACUUGGACACAGAUCUAAGCACAAUCACCAUCUUGUAAAUAAUGCCUAAGGACUACUAAACCUAAAAUUCAGUUACAGUCAUAUAAAAACGUAGUGGGGCUCAUUUAUCAACACUGGGCUUUGCCCAUGGGCAGUUAGCUAUAGCAACCAAUUGGUGAUUAGCUUUUUAAAGCCAGCUGCAAGUAGAACAAUGAAUGCAGCAAUUUGAUUGGUUGCCAUGGGUUACUGCCCAUGGGUAAAUUUGGCCAUUGUUGAUAAAUGACCCUGAGUGAAUAAUACAAAAAUAAGGGCAGUGGUUGCUCCAGAGCUAGUAACCCCGAGCAACCUUGGGAUUUGCUUGCAAACCUCAGACCAUUAAACGUUACCAUCUGAUUGGCUACAUUUCUAGAACUUGUGCACACUUUAUUACACAUUACCCCCAUAUUAUUUAUUAUGGGAAUGUAGCGAACAAUACUUUUAGCCUUCACAAACAGACUUAUGGGAUUUCUCAAAACUUACCCGAGGGCUUACGCUGAGUGACCGGAAAUAUGAUUAAAAAUUAUAAUAUUGGCCAACCAUUACUGAGAGGCACAUUUAUCAAGGGUUGAAUUUCGAAUUCAUGUGAUUUUUUUUUUUUUUUUUUUUUUUUUUUAAACUCCCUUAAAUUUGACUAUAUUUGAAAUUCGACUGGGAGGGAUAUUUAGUAAAAAAAUUGAAUAUCUGAAACUCAGGUGAAUUUUACCCACCCGAAGACUGAAAUUAAAUUUGAUUCAAAUUCGACCAGACUCGAUUCGAGUUUUUU